AUGGCAAAGCCGCGUUUGGAGAUCCACGACGACACUUUCAUCCACACGGGGUCUUCUUUAUCCGGCGAGAUCGUUUUCGGGGCAGGGACUGUGGUGCAUCCUUACGCCGUCAUAAAUGCAGGCGAAGGGAAAAUAAUCUUCGGCAACAAUAAUAUCAUAGAAGAACUGUGUCAUAUAGAAAAUAAGUAGGUAAUAUCUAAAUCAACAUACAUUUUAUCGUUUAGAGAUCCUUCUAAGGUCAUGAUCAUUGGGAAUGACAACCUAUUCGAGGUUGGGACCGAAUGUCACGCUGUGGCCGUUGGAAACAACAACGUUUUUUGCAUUAAGAGUAAGGUUGGAGAUAAAGUUCAGGUUACUGAUGGGUGUGUUAUUGGACCCAAAUGCAUUGUGAUGUCGAAAGAGGUACUACCCCCGAAGACAGUUGUAUAUGGGGAAGGAAACAAUCGCCGAACAGCAAUGAGCACUAACAAUGUAGGUGAAGAUGCAAAUGCUUGUAAAAUUUUCAUCUUAGUCCUUAAAACAACAUUGCGAACUCCUUCAAACCAAACUUAGGAAUUUCUCACAAGCAUACAAAAACGCGUAA